AUGGCAUCGCAGUUUGUCUUUCAAGGCCCGGCCUUGUCCGCAGGCCUACCGCCACCCUCGGGCCCAGGAGGGCUUGGUCUGCAGCUGCCACCAGGUAUCGGCCCUCCGCCAGCACUCCCGAAGCUGCCAUUUCCUGGACUACCACCUCCUGGGUCGCUGGACUCCGAAGCCUUGGCUCAGAUGCGGUUCCAGCAGGUGGCUACAGAGUACGAGCAGAUCAAGAAUGCCGGAAUUGAUCCUCAAGUGUCCGAGCUUGCAGAGUACCACGGCCUAGAUGAUCGUGCCACGCGCGCCCUCGAUGAAGAAAUGAAGAAGCGAAGAGCGACGUUUGAGUCUGACUUGCAAGCCCUCUGGGUGGGCUUGGAAGGGGCAAAGAACCCGUCAGGAAUGCUCAUGAUGAAGCUGAAAGAUAUGCGCAUGGGAACCUUCAAGGGUAUGACAGCCUUGGACAAGCAGAUCCACGACUUUGCGAAGCGGAAUCGCUUAGAUGCUCAAGCAGCAGUGAAGCUGGCGGAGGUUCUCCACAACCGCGACGACAUUGAGGCCGACUUGAGCAAAAUCCAGAAGCACCUCGAGCGCUCCAACAAGCCCUCCUCCCUGGUCAUGAUGAUGCUCAGAGACCUUCGCGAGGGGAAGCCUAUCAAGGAGCUGCAAGAGGGCCGAAGGGUUGAAAGCCAGGGCCUGCUUUCUUGCAGGAGCCUGGGUAUGCGCCAGCGAUUGGCAGCAAGGUCAGAGCCGCUACAGCUGUCGACGGCAGUGUUGGAUGGUGCUUUCUUGAUUUGCGACAGGAGCGACAACGAAGCCGAAGCCGUCAGCGCGGCGGGCGAGAUGAAGCUCGAGGAGGUCGUCAUGACAGGGACCGUGACCGAGACCGAGAUCGCGACAGAGAUCGGGACCGCGACAGGCGAGAUCGCGAUCGAGACAGAGACCGGGAGCGGGAGCAUGAGAAGUGAGGAGAGCUCACAGCUCACUCUCGAACCGCAGGCUUUUGAGGACUUCAGGAUCGAAGGUCAUGAUGCCCUCGCACUGAUACCUCCUGAGUCUGGCAGGGUAGAAGGAUCAAUGCCACAUUGCUGA